UUGAUUUUGCAAAACAUCAUGUAUUCUGUUUAUAAUGCAUUGUUGCUGAGCAUUCGAGAAAUCAAGAACGGGUGCAUCAGAUAGAAAGACAGAAAAUUGAUUGAAUUAUUAUCCUGGAAGUGUUGGUAACAGUCGACACACCUUUUUAUUCUAUUCGGGUUGCUAACUAAGCGGUAUAGUACUCGGCUUUUAAGCUAUUUGUGGGCAACGAGCUUCCUGAACCUCCAAGAGAUUCAUAAUCUUCAACUGAACUAUGCGUCGCUUGGUGCACUGCUUUUGUGGGAGGGGAGUUGGACAUAUUGCCAGGGGUAAAGAGCAUGCCAUCCUCGCUUCUGAAACAAGUUUUACAGCAAAUGAAGUGGAGGCUUUGUAUGAUCUGUAUAAAGAACUGAGUAGUUCUAUAAUCGACGAUGGUCUAAUCCACAAGGAAGAGUUCCAACUUGCACUUCUCGACAACAGCAGUAAGCAGAAUCUCUUUGCAGACAGACUAUUUGAUUUGUUCGACCUUAAGCAGGAUGGGGUCAUUGAAUUUGAAGAAUUUGUUAGAUCACUAAGCAUCUUUCAUCCAAAUGCUCCUGAAGCAGAGAAACUUGCAUUUGUAUUUAGGUUGUGCGAUCUAAAGUGCACCGGCUACAUAGAGCGUGAUGAGCUGAGGGAGUUGGUACUAGCUCUUCUGAACGAAUUGGAUUCGACGCUUUCAGAUGAUGUUGUUGAAGCAAUUGUUGAUAAGACAAUCAUGGAAGCAGAUUUUACAGGAGAUGGGAGGAUUGAUCCGGAAGAGUGGAAGGCAGUGGUGGCAAGGCAUCCAUCUAUAAUGAAAAUCAUGACUGUUCCUUAUCUAAAGGAAGUAACUCUAGCAUUUCCGAACUUUGUGAAUGACACCGAAGUCCAAGAUUCAGAACUAGCUUCCAGAUAGUAUCUGCAGAUUUUACCAACUCUGUACGUCCAGAAUAAAUGUACUCAUACGGUAACUCCCCGGUGGAGAUUUUUCUGUAAUAUUUGCACUGCACUCUCCAGGUUUGUUGUUCUUCAUUUCCUGAUUACAAUGCGUUCUCUUCUGCAUAUGGGCAUGCCACAAAAUUUGUUGAUCCACAGUUAAGACCAUCCCUUCUAAAUCAAAUCUAUCAUCAAAUGUUAUAUAUUAAUCCAACAUUUAGCCGUAGCAGUUGUAAACAUUCCUAUCUCCA